AUGAAUAUCAAGAAUUCUCUUUUCGGGAGACAUCUUCGCUCUCAUUUCUUACUUGAUCCUGAAUAUGUAUCUCUUAAUCAUGGUUCAUUCGGUACAAUGCCCAAGAUAUUAAUGCCUCUCUUAAAUGAUUUGCGGUUGAAAGCUGAAGUUAACCCUGAUCGUUGGUUGCGACGUGAUAUGUUCCCUGAAAUCGAAAAAAACAAAAAGACUUUAGCUAAUAUGAUUUAUGCUGAUCCUGAGGAGCUUGUAUUUGUUUUUAAUGCUAUGACAGGUAUCAAUACCGUUGUAAGAAGUCUACCGAUGAAACGAGGGGAUAAAAUUAUCUAUUUUAGUACAGCGUAUAAUUCAGUUGAAAGCACUAUCAAGUUUCUUAAAGAUUCAAGGGAAUUUAAACUAGUUCGUAUAGAUUUAAUCUAUCCUUUAAAUGAUAAUGACAUUUUAAAUAUGCUCAAAGAGACAAUAGAGUUGGAAAACAGUAAAGGAGAUGGGACAAUUAAGCUUUGCUUCAUAGAUGCUAUCAGCUCUCUGCCUGGUGUUAGAUUCCCUUUUGAGUCAGCUGUUAAACUUGUACGUGAGUAUAAUAUUUUAAGUUUGGUUGACGGUGCUCAUGCAAUAGGACAAAUUCCUUUAAAUUUGCAUGAUAUAGAUCCCGACUUUUUUAUUACAAAUUGUCAUAAAUGGCUUUUUGCGCCUCGCGGCUGUGCUGUAUUAUAUGUUCCCUUUAGAAAUCAGCGUUAUGUCCAUCCAGCUAUUAUCAAUUCUGCUUAUACUGAUCAUAGCGAUCCAUCAGAUAAAACGGCAUCAUUUCAACAAGAAUUUGCUUGGCCAGGCACCACUGAUUUUUCAAACUUUAUGUGUAUUAAUAAAGCUGUUGAAUUUAGAGAAAUGCUUGGUGGAGAAGAUGCUAUCAUGAAUUAUUGUCAUAACCUUGCUUUAGAAGGUGGCAAAGUAGCUGCAAAAGUAUUUUCAAGUGCUGAAGAAGCAGCCAUAUUAGAGAACUCUGAAAAUAAUUUAACAGUUGCAAUGGUUAACGUUAAAAUACCUUUAAGAAGUAAUUUGAUUCAUAUUUCAGACAUAGAAGUAAUCAAUUUAUUCAUAGAUAAACUGUUGCUUGAACAUAACUGCAUGGCACCAGUUUAUAAACAUAAUAAUAUCUGGUAUACAAGAUUAAGUGCUCAAAUAUACAAUGAUAUAUCUGAUUUUGAAGUUGUUGCAAAAGCUAUUUUACAAGUUUGCAAAGAAACCGAAAACCUAAAAAAAGAAUAA